AGUUUGGGGAUGGCGAUACAAAUCCAAGACAACGCCACUCGCAUCAAAUCCAUAAGGAACCUGGUAAAAAAGCUCCCUAGACCAAACUAUGACACAAUGAAAAUCCUCUUUGAACAUCUAAAGAAGAUAGCAGCCAAGGAAUCCGUGAAUCUUAUGUCAACACAAAGCUUAGGAAUUGUGUUUGGACCAACACUCCUUAGACCUGAAAAGGAGACAGGGAACAUGGCAGUCCACAUGCUGUACCAAAAUCAGAUAGUUGAACUUAUGUUGAGUGAGUACAGCAAGAUCUUCGGCUCUGAGGAAGACUGACAGACAGGGCCUGUUAUUGAAAACGUUCACAUCUGUCUUGAUGUCUAAUAUUUUUACAUUUCUGUAAACAUAUUUCUGAAAUAUUUCUUUUUCUUUCAAGUGACAGAUGCCUCAUUUUGUGAAAACUUAAUGAUGAUUUUGUGUUUAAUUUUCAAACAUUGGAAUAAAAAAUAUUGUCAACAUUUGCCUAUAUGUAUUCUGCAUUAACCCUUUGAGAGUUUCAUUAUGCUAGCACUCCAAGUGUCACUUUUUUUGCAAGCUGAGCAUGCAGCAUAUGGCCAAAGACCAUAGAAAAUGCUGUUUACCAACAUAUGCAAUGGCACAGAAAGACAAAUAGUAAUUGAGGAGAUUUGUGGGAAAUGGAUUAAAAUAUGUAUAUUAAAGGCAACAAAUUAAAACUGUGAUACCAGAUCAUCUGUAGCUAAUCUGAGUAUAAUUUACCUCUCUCUUUGAUAUAUAUCGAAAGUUAAAGACAUGAUGAAUAAUCAAUUUGCCUACCCCAAGAGUUCCAAAAAAGAAUACAUUUAAUACUUUUAAACAAUUUAAAAACAAACAAACACCAUUAGAAUGUCACUACUUGCAUAACAGUGCCUAAAAAAAAUUAAAAACAAAAUUGGAACUUUGGCAUUUUUACUUAAAUACAGUACAUGAAAUGAAGACAUUGCAUGACUGCUCAUUUUAAUGUAACAUCCAUUUUGAUUCUUCAUCACACUGUACAUCUGCCCGCUUUCCCCAGCUAUCUCAUGUUCUGUAGCAUUUGUAUUGUGCUCCUGAGGAUGCUUUAUUGGUGAACUACAUUAAAUUCAUCUAGAAAGAACUUUAAAAAAAAAGCCUUUUCAUAUGCCCUUAGGAUUACUUGGCUAGACUUGAAUCAAUUUAUGCAUUUGAUGGUUAGUUUCAGUUGUCAUGGAUAAACAAAAGGGUAACUGUCUAGAAUAUAUCAAAUAUUGUUUCAUUUUGAAAUGUAUGUUUCCAGCUAUACACAUCUCCUACCCUGUUUUGUAAAAGUAUUCUGCUGAUAAAAUGUAGACUUAUGUUUGACAGCUUUUUAAUCAAGUUCAAAGAGAAUAAAUAAAACUAAUCCAGUGUGGUAAA